AUGACAGCGAUAUUCGGUACUCAUGCCGGGUAUGGGCCAGGAGUACACUCCCUUAGACACCCAGGCGACGACCUCAUGGGCACACGACAAAGAACACCCGAACACCUGACCGCAGCAAGCCGACAAUUAACCAUACUGUACAAACUACAAACCAGGGCAAUGACAAACCAUGACCACCUCCACAACCAUAAUGCUGUUCUCACAGACGCUCUUGACACAUUACCCCUGACACAUCAGAAACAAGGAGGGGCCCAAAGUCCCAUAGAUAACCAACGACUGUUAAAAUUGCUAGCCGGAAAAGUGACUCCCCGAACAUGUUAG